AUGGUGGACUUUCAACAUGCUUUGGAGGAUUGUGAUUUGCGGGCUAUUCCAUUCAAGGCUUACAAGUUCACUUGGGAUAAUGGUAGAGCUGGAGUUGAGAAUGUUAAAGCCCAACUUGAUCGUGCUGUGGAAAAUAAGGGAUUAUGGCAAGCUUGUGCCAAUAUGAUCACUUAUAAUUUGGAUUACUUGGAGUCUGAUCAUCUUCCUUUGUUAGUUGUGACUGACAACAACUCUCAAAGGAGAUGA